CGUAGUCGGUGCCGUUGCACAGAACUCGUCAGGCUUGCCGAGGCUCUGAGCCCCGGCGCUUCCCCGUCCCCCGCCCGGGAUCCCUUCUUCUCCCUCGUCUGCGCUCGUGGCCUACGAGCCACAGCCCGGCAGAAUGAGUCUGCAGAUCUUAAAUGACGAAAAUGUUAGUGGUGAUAUAACUGCAGAAACUUGUGACUUCCUGUUUUCACCACCGGAGCUAACAGGAAGAUCAUCAGUUUUUCGUACAUCCCAGAAAGAAAAUGUGCCACCAAAAAAUAUAGCAAAAGCUAUGAAAGUAACUUUUCAAACUCCUUUGCGGGAUCCACAGACAAAUAGAAUUUUAAGCCCAACCAUGACAGGUAAACUUGAGAACUCUUUUACUCUGGAUGAUUGUGCAGAUGACUUAAACAAUUCUCACCCUCCUACAUCAAGAUAUGAAAAAAAUCAGCAGAUAGCCAAGGAAGUAGAUAGGAAAACUAUGAAUGAAGAUCCUCAAAGACAAGAAACAAAUCCUGCCCCUUAUCCAGAUGAUCUGCUGCCAGUGAAAAGCAGUGGCUCCUACAAUAUUGACCUGGAUGGUCUGGAGGAUUUUGAUCCAUUCGUGAACUCAUCCCACAUUCCGAGGUCUGUUGAAAGUUUGUUAAAGCCUCCAGUAGUAACUGACUCUGAAAUUCUCUUAGAAGAAAUUAACUAUUACUCAUUGAAUGAUACUUUUCCACUUACUUCUGAAGGCUUUAAAGAGUACCCAGAAAUAAAAUCUUCUAGAAGCCCUGAAAAAAUCUCAGAGAAAAGUUGUGACAGUAUAAGAUCUGCUUCAUUGACUGACAAAAGCACAAAUGAAAUAAAUAGAGAAUCGGCCUUAGAGGAUGAGUCGAAUGGCAAUGUGGUAACCCAAAAUCUUAUUAUGAAUGAAGUGGUAUCUGGUAUGGAAGAACGGAAGUUAUCUUUGGACUCUGGACAGCCUGAAGAACCAGUUUCUAAUACAGCACAUGAUAUCCAGUCUGCCAGUGCAUCAACACAUUUGCUAGCUUGUAACUCUGACUUUGUGAGCAAUGAUGAAAAAAAGGUGAUUGAUUCUGAAUUACCAAAUCUUCCCCUUGUAGAAGAGAAGCCUGUGCAAGUGGUUGGGCCUUUGAAAGGCCAGCCUACAAAACUAGAAUUUGAAUUUUCUGAUAACAUUACUGUCAAGCCACUACCAAGUAAACUGAGGAAGGGGCCUGUAAUAAAGCCUCUUUCCAAGAAACCUUCUACAACCCAAGAAAAAGUGACAAAAAACUUGGCAAAGGAAAGCAAAUGUCAGGAUAAAGAAAAUAUGGAUCCUCUUCCAAAGGGAUCUUAUAAUUUAGAUUGGGACAAGCUUAAUGAUCUAGACUUUAACCCCUUUGGAAAAAAAUCUAAGCCUUCUACUUUUGAUCACCAGAAAUCUAGUAAUGAAACCACUCAGCUUCAAGAGAAUCACGUAGCACAGAAGGACUGUCUUUCCAGGGAAGAGCAGAAUAGUGUGACUGUUAUUGAUGACUUACCUAGAAGUCAGCAGGUUAUUACCCCUAUCGCUGCAGCUGAAUCCGUGCUUCCAGUAGGAACAGAAACUUUGAUAGCAGGGGAUCAGGAGAAAAGAGAGAAUUCUUCAGGUACGUCAGUUGACACAAGCAGUCAUGUUAGUCCACCAUUAACCACAGACUCUGAGCUCCCCCAGAAGAGUGAAUUGGACUCAGAUGUCAAGAUAGAAACUGCCGUAUCUGAAGAGGACUUCAGGUCUCCUUCACAAGUUUUAGGUACGGGUAUAGAAAUUGACUAUUUGGAACAAUUUGGAAUGUCUUCAUUUAAGGAAUCUGCCUUGAGAAAACAGUCCUUAUAUCUUAAGUUUGACCCACUACUGAAAGACAGCCCUAACAAACCGGCUCCUGUAACUACUGAAAUAACAAAUAGCCUUCUGGACAUAAGCAAGCAUUCUCAGAAAAAUCAACAUGAUGCAAAACUUGAUGAAUUUGACUUCCUAGGAACAUUUAAUAUUCCUGUAAUAGGACCUCCUCCUCCUGAUGGACCAGAAUAUUUGGGUGUUCCUGUGACAGCCACAGAUUUGCCUGUUUCAGUCGAUGCGAUUAUAGAUGUGUUGAAGUAUAGCCAGAAAGACAUGGAUGUGGCUGUAGAAAAAGUCAAACAAGAAGUUAAAAAGAAACAAUUGAAAAUUCAAGAAUUGGAAGACAAAUAUGAAACAUUCCACACGGAAUAUUUAGCAAUGGGGAAAAUUGUGGAAGAAUAUGAAGGGAUAAUAACUCAACUGAUGGCGGAUGCUCAGAAGCAGAAGGAGGCUGCAGCGGCUGAAAUCCAGACGAUUUUGUCAGAAAAACAGCAAAUCACAGCAGACCUGAACUCCAUGGAAAAGUCUUUCUCUGACCUCUUCAAACGACUAGAAAAACAGAAGGAGGUUUUAGAAGGCUAUCGGAAGAAUGAAGAAGCUUUGAAGAAAUGUGUUGAAGAUUAUCUAGUAAGAAUUGAAAAGGAAGAGCGGAGGUACCAAGCCCUGAAGGCUCAUGCAGAAGAGAAGUUAAACCUAGCAAAUGAAGAAAUCGCCCAGGUUCGAAGCAAAGCGAAAGCUGAGACUCUGGCUUUACAAGCAAAUUUACGAAAGGAACAAAUGAGAGUCCAGUCACUAGAGAAAAGCUUGGAACAGAAAACUAAAGAAAACGAUGAAUUAACGAAAAUCUGUGAUGACUUGAUUUCAAAGAUGGAAAAGAUCUGACCUAGACAUUUUGAAUUGUUUCCUUCUUCUCUCUGACUAGUCCUUGUUUCAGUGUUGUGAGUUCUGUAUAUGUCAUGUUUAGGCGUCACGUGCACUUUCUUAACCUCUGUCCAUGUUGCAGAUAUACUAAAGUGUAUUUUUUUUUAACUUAGUAAAUUGAACUGUUUAAAAAAAAUGUGCUUGAAUAAAGAUUAAUAAUCCUUCAA